UUUGAUUUUAUACACGAAAAAAAAGACAAUCGAACUUAUAUUUCUUUAAAUACUUUAUUUACUUCCAGACAACAGCAACAACAUUACCACUCCCACUGAGGAACCUGAUGCCAGCCUUGAGCUGGUUCCUUGUCCCAUAUGUUCGCGUACCUUUAAUCCAGUAACAUUGAGAAAACAUGUGGGUAUUUGUGAGAAAAUGACUACCAAAAAGCGCAAUAUAUUCGAUUCCUCACGGCAAAGACGUGAGGGUACUGAUUUGGCUACAUAUCCGUUGCCUAAGAAUUUCGGUUUACCCGAGAAAGCCACAUCGAGUACUUCCAUAACGGCGGCUAGAAAUGAAAGGGGACAAUCACCAAAGCCAGCUGCCCAGAUAUCCUCUCCCAAUUUGACACGCAAAAAACCUUCAGAAGAUCUUAUAAGAUCUACAGCACGUGCCUCCAUGCGUAAGGCUGUCUCCACUAAUAACAAUACUACUCCCACCUCUACGACAGCAGCUUCCACAAACUUUAAUCGUGAUCGUAUGCGUUCUUCCGAACGUUCUUUAACUAGAUCGAGAGGUAUUCAACCACCGCCCGCUGAGCAGUGUCCUCAUUGUGAAAGAUGUUUUGGUAUUAAAGCCUAUGAUCGUCAUGUGGAAUGGUGCAAAGAGAAGGCAUUACAGGCCGCUAUUAAGCAGGGCAGUUCGAAGAAUGAUGGCAAUGUGGCUAAGGCCCGCUUGGAGGCUCGUACUAAGUAUAGAGCUCCAUGUUUGAAAACCAAACGUUCCAUGAACCGUGAAAAAUAUUCCGGUUUAGCUGGCGAAGAGCAUGAAAACGAUGACACAACCAAAACAUCUAAAACCAAUGGCAAUAAAACUCAAGACAAUAGUUUAAUGUCUAUGUCCAUGACCUCUUCCAUGUGUAGCGAAAGAAAAAUCACGAAUUCCACUACAGCAGCAAAACUAAAUGAACCACAGGAAACAGCAACUUAUAAAGAACAUACAAAUAUAGACAAUUGCUCUGUAGGAAGUCGUAAAUGUACUCGUGACAAAAGUCAAACUCCUCAACUGCCACCUACAACAACAAUAAAAAUGAAUGCAGUUGCUAAAGCAACAACAGAAUAUAAACAACAAAAACAAGAAGAAUCUAUCAUAAAUCUUAAAAUUCAAAUGCCAGAACUACAACUUAUGGGUGAACAAAUGACUGCAAUCGCUAUAAAUAAAAAACUAAAAGUGGAUGCUUUGACAGCGGCCAAAAUAAAACCCCAAAAACCAAAACAUCUUCAACAGCAGCAACAGCUACCAGAUUUAAAGAAACACCAACAAAAAGCAACAAAAAAAUCUAAUCAGAAAUUGAAAACAACGGAUGUUGAGAUAAAUUUACCGGUUAUAACAUCGAACAUCUCCUUAGAACAAAAGAAAUCUGUCAGUGAUUUGUCUUUAAGAACAAUGCGUCGUCGCGUCAAUUGUUUGCAAGCAGCAGAAGAAGAAACAGCGCAUAAAGCUUUUAUUAAUGAUCAUGAUAAUCAUGUUGUAAAUAAUAAUGUUUUGAAUCAUUAUGAAAUGAAAUCAAAAGCAAAUGAAGCGCCAGCAGAAGAAAAUGUGGUUUUAACAAAAAGUUUAACAUUUUAUAAUUCUUUCAAAAACGUAACAGAAAAAAGUGAAAAGUUAUGGCCUGAAGGGGGCAACAAGGAUGACAAGGUGUCGGAAAGAAAAAUGACUAUGGAACAAUAUUUUGAGAGGGAAGAGCAAGUGUUGGGUUUAGACAAGCAUACAACUUUCAAAAGAGAAGAGAGGGAAGGGGAUCUUGGUUUCAGUCUCCCUAAGAAGUUAACUGAUAUGGAGAUGUUUGAUUCAGAGAAAAUAGUUAAGACUAGAGAAAAGGAUUCAACUAAUCCAAUUGAUGAUUUGUGUCCUUUAGAAGAACAUCAGCAAUCCACAGAUUUACUGAGAGAGCAAGACAUGAUAAUGAAACAAACUUAUCCCGAUUGUGAUCGUGAUAGCGACUGUGAAGACGCUAUAAAUGAGAUAUUAAACUCUAUUCCAAAACUAGAUAUACCUACAACUCCUAUAAAAUCCUUAAAGAAGCAAAAACAUCUUGCUGAAGAUUUGAAAAAGAGUACAGGUAAGAGUACAGAAUCCGAAAAGAGAGAUAAACUUAAAAAAUCUCUCAGAGAAACAGAAACGGAAAAGAAUGUUACCAUUAAAGAGAGUAAAGUAAAUGAAAAUCAAAUAAACAAUACAAAAUCUGAUGGAAACCUUAAUAGUUCUGAACAAUCUCUUAAAAAUUCAGGAGAAAAAGACGCACAGGAAAUGGAAAUCUACAAAGAUUGUCUAACAGAUUCCGAUGAACUUCGUCGUUUUAAAACAAAAGAAUCUAAAAAAGAUGACUUGGAAACUUUAACAGAUUCUAAAGUAGACAACAAUUUGGCCGAGUUGGACUUAAAGAUAUUAAAAAGUUCAUUUAAAUCUCAUACAUUUAUAAGAGAUUUGGAACAAAGUUCUUAUCACCUAGAAGAGUUUAAAGAUGAUUCCGAUCAAAAUAAGCAGAAACCUUUAAAAUAUUCUAAAAGUUCUGAGGAUUUAUGUGGAAUAAAAACAAACCCUCGAAACCCUACUUCACCCAACAAACGUAAUACGAAAUCCCAAAGAAAACAUUUAAAAGAAAGCCCUGACACUCCUAGAACACCAAAAGCUUUAAGAUUACCACGUCUAGGUACACCACCUCCUGCCCAACUGUCUAGAACAGCUCCUACAACACCUAAAAGUGAAACUUCCGAACGUCUUAAGUCUCUUAAUAUCUGCCCAACAAAACGUAAAAAAGUUCUAAGACAAACUGUUAGCUGUUCGAAUAGUUUACCCAUGAAAGCUGUUCUACCCUUUCCUAAUGAUACAUUAAAACUUUGUGGGGUAAUAUCAGCACCACAAUUGAAAUCUAACGGCCUUAAAGGGAAUAAUGUAAAAGAAAGUGUUAGAGUAGAAAAACUGGAGUAUAAUGAAGAGAAUAAUAUUGAUUUUAUGAAAGACGAGGAGGAAAAGGAGGAGCAUAAGGAGAUUAAGGUUAUAAAAGAACCACCACUCACGCCACAAUUGAAACGUAACAAGUCAUUUACCGUCAGUGGUUUGCCCGACAAUUAUGAUCCCUUUUUGUCGGCCAAACGUCAACUCGAAGAGUUGUGCUCACCCACAAAUGACUCAGCGGAUAUAUCAACCACACCCCAAACACCACAACUGCCCAGUUUACCGGCUACGCCGAAUAGUAAUAAUAACAACAACAACAAUAGUAGCAUUAGUAAAAUGUCUACAUCACUUAUACUCAGUUCGUCAACACCAAAUAAUAAUAAUAAUACUACACCUAAUCUAAUGACAACAUCACAAAUACCACAACAAACACAAAAAACUCCAACUUUAGCAAGAUCUUCUAGCUUUAGACGAACAUCUUCUUUAAGGGGACCUAGAAGAUCUCCCAUGUUAUCGACACGUCCACCAUUAUUUGCACAAAAACAUCGUCCUACCAUACAAAGAGGAUUAUCGGAUGAGGGACCUAUUUCUACAAAUUUCCUUAAGCCCGAAGAAUACGAUGAAAUGCCCGUUAGAUCGGUAUGUGUUAAUGAUUUUGCAGUAAAUAAAAGUCCACGGGUGGUAAGAAGAGAUACAUCGGCUUCGAAUCGUAAACAACCAUUGAAAUUGAAUAUAAAUGCUGCCAAUGCUAGUGGUAGUAGUGCAGCAGCUUCACCUAAUAUAAUGGAACCCGAAGUGGUGGCAAGCAAUAAUACGGCCUCUAAAUAUGUUUCAAAAACUGAUUCUUUGGCAGUAUUUUUAAAAUAUGAACAUGAGUUGGAGAAGUUAAAUCAAACGGCUGCAGAUAAUGAGCUUAAAAAGGAGACUAUAUUAGAGGUUAAAACACCCUCUACUGCUGAUUCAGUAACUACCACACCGGUAGCUAAUCUCGAUGGACCCUUAAAUGCUAAAGAGCUAAAGGAUAAGAGUAAUAAUUUGAGUAAACAAAAUUCGGCCAAAAAUAUAAAGGCGGAUAUCUUGGCAGGCACUGAAUGUAAUGAGCAUUAUGAGGUAAAUGUUAAAAACACAAAUGAAAUGGAAAUAAGCAAAUAUGGACAGCAGCGUUUGACGCCAUUGUCCUCUAAGCCAGCAACUCCUUUAAGUAAACCUCAAACAUCACAAGUCUUACAGCAGCCUACAGCUAGCUUAACACCUUUGAAUGUUAAAACAAACCUAGAGCAGAAAUCUGCCCCAAAAUCCCCUAAACCAGUGGCCUUAAGUUCUAUAUUUGGUGGUGAUAAUAAUAAAACUGUUAAAAAUGCUUCUCAUCUUUAUGCAGAACGUAAAAAUUCUAUGGGUUCUGAUUAUAUAGAUCCUAAAUUGAUAAAUAAAUGUGAUAAUCUUCCAAUUAAUUUAAAUCUGAAACGUACAGAUUUUAAACAUUCAGAUUCUGAUACUUCCGAAACACGUGUGGAACAGUUUUCUUCCUCCUCUUCAUCAGAUUCUGCGGCUCCGGCCAAGAAAACAACAACAGCAACUAGUCUUCAGCAGCAAACAAAGUUUUUGCCCACAGUUAAGCAGCAGCAACAACAACCAGAACAGCAUCAUAUUCCCCAACAGCAGCAGACCUUAAACAAUAGUCAACGCAACUCAGCCGAAGGACGUAAUCUUUUGAAACGGCGCAUACGUUUGGGUCGCAAUCAAUUCCUCUAUGAUGCUUCUCCAGAAGGAGAUUCCUGUUGUUCAGCCGAUGAUGAGGGUGCCAAUCGCUCUUCUCUGGAGGGAGAAACACUAUUGCAACAUAAUCUUCUAAGAGAACAUGAAAAGGCUUUUGAGAGAUUAACCUCACAACAGGUUAAUCCAGUGGAUGCGCCCUUUAUACCACCUUUGCCGGCUUUUGAUGAUUUUGAUUUUGAGGAAUUCCUGUCAUCAUUUGAAAAUGAUGAAGAACAAUUUCCUCUCUUCAAAGAUUGUAGAGAAUUUCUUAUGAAUCGCACAUCGAAAAAACAAAGAUCGAUGUUAAUGCCGAAUUCUGCAACACAAAACCAAAACAAUACACACUCUAACACUCACAACAUCCACAACAGCAACAACAAUAACAACAACUCUACGAAUUUCAAAAAAUCAUCUUCUCCACAAACAUUCCCCCCGCUAACGCCUCAAACGCACACAAGCGGCAGUGGCCAACACUUUCAAUUUCCCUCUUUGCCUCAGCAUCCCAAAAAUCUAUUUAAUUCCUUUUCCCUUAACACUAGAAGCAGAAAUAAAUACGAUGAACUAACAGCCACCACUAGCAACACCAAAUCAACGGAUACUUUUUGCCUUAACACAAACACAGAACAAUUCCAAGAUCAUAAUAGUCUCAAUCAGAAACGUGAAAUAUUCAUCAGCAUAGAGACGGAACAAAAUGAUCUAGAUAAAUCACCCAUUUCACCCAAUUCCAUACGUCAUAUGGUGGGUAAUCCUCAGACUGUGGUCGAAGUGGAAGUCGAUGCAGCCCAUGACAAUAAGUUUAGUAAAAUAUCAGAUGAUGAUGAAGGUGGUGAAUUAGGUCAAAAUAUGUGUCGAACGAAAAACUUUUCAGCUCACUCCAUGCUCGAACGUUUGCCCAAUGUUCAGCUGAAUAAUGCGAAAAAUUUAAUGCAAAAAAUGCAAGAAGAUUUUCGUCAAAUGGGCGAUGAAAUGGCUGGUAAUUUAAGGCUAACUACUACUGCUCCCAUGGAUGUGAAUAUGAAUAGCAAGGUCAAUAUGAUGACAGCAACUAGAAAAACGAAUCGUACGGCUGGUACACCCAGUGGUGAUGCUUAUGGUGACUCAGAUGAAUUAAGCAGCUUAGAUGGUUAUCCUUUAUCUUCGCCCAAUUCACGUUUGGGUGUUAGUUCAAAAACGAGUGCAGACUCGGCCUAUGGAAGUCUCUCUCGUCAACGUUCUACGGAGCUAACAACCCAACGCAACUCUAAUCGUUGUCGUCCCCUGACCUCUAAUACAGCUAAUUGUUUGCUUAAUCGUCCUCUUACAGAGGAAAACACUCUAGGACGUUCUAGACAAUUAAGUGCCUCUUCAAGCAGCAGUUCAGAACAUGCUUUACCACCCCUAACUAGCAGUAAUAGUUUUCACAAACAACAACAGCAACAACAACAACUCUACAAUAAUAACAAUAACAAUACAGAUUUAGAGGAAUUAAGACGUUAUGAACGUCACAGCAAUAAUAAUAAUAAUAACAACAACAAUUAUGAAUUACCACCCUCUCAUGUCUCUCUAACAGGAGCCACAAAUUCUCAUACAAAUUUGGAAACAUUACAGCAAUAUCCCUCUAACUCUACCAUGAGCUCAAGUAUGAAAGUGUCGAAAUUCUGUCAUGAAUGUGGCAGUAGAUUUCUACUCGAACAAGCUAAAUUUUGUAUGGACUGUGGUGUUAAACGUAUAGUAUUGUAGACAAAAAAAUUUUUUUUAACUGUAGAUUGUGAACUAUUUGUAGUACUACCUACUACUAAAAACUAUAGUUAGUAGUUAAGUUCUUUUUUUUUAUUAAAUAACAAUUAAACUUAUAUUUUAUUAACUUUGUUUUUUAAUAUACAUAAAAAAACAUUUAUUUAGUUUAAUAAAUAAUAUUUAACUUUAAUAA